UACAAAAAUCUGCCGUCGAAUCGAGAAGAAGAAGUGGGGAACUAACUUUCACAACUUCUUCAACUCCAUUCCUAUGACUAAAAGAGUUCCGAGAAAUAAUUCCCUCCCAAAAUACAAAUGUAACUAAAAGAGUUCUUUAAACGUAAAAUCUUCUUCAACUCAUAAAUUUAACUUAAUUACAAAUAUUUAUUAUAAAAAGAAAAAAAACUAAAGUAAAAUAAUUCCCUCCAAAAUACAAAUGUUAAAAAAAAUUCCCAUGCGUGGCAUUGGCAUCAAACUUUCCCUCCAAAACGUUAACGCUUUCCCAUUCCCGAAGACGAAGAGAGUUUGAAUGAAGCCAGGCGAUUGAGUGUACAGGUUUUUCAUUCCAAGGCUUCAUGGCUUUUCAUCUUCACAACGCUGGUAUCCAUCGACGCUUUGAUCUUCACUCUCACUCUCAGACCCUUUCAGUUUCAUCAAUCUUAUCUGAAAAUAAAAUCCAGAGCACAGAUGAUGAGGAUCGGUCACUACAUCAUUACCAAGCCCAAGACACUGUUCCUUUUGAUAGCCCCUUGGUGGAUACUGUGUGUGGCCAUCUUGAUUUCGACACUGAGGUACUAGACGUUGAUUCCGGUUUGGGAGAUUUGGAGGAAGAAAUUGUGCUUGAUAGUGAGGAUGAAGAAAUCAAUGGAACUCGACUUGUCACUGUCAUCAAAUCGUCAUCUGAUUAUGAAAUUGAGAAAAAGUCUAAAUGGUCUGAUCAACUUUGUGUAAAAGGGAGUGAAGUUUCUGUAAAAGAAAUUGGGAAGGAGAAGGGUUUGCAUGGGUUGCAGCCUGCAUGUGAUGGAGAGUUUGUGAGUUUAAACGAUAAUGGGACUCAGGAACUUGGGGAGUGGUCCCAAGCGGAUGCUCUUGGUUUUGUGGACCACUUUCUGUCAAUUAACAAUGUGGACUUGUCACAAGGAACGGACUACAGAAAGACUCCUAUGGAGAAAUCUUUUACUGGGUCAAGCGCAAAUGGUCCUCAAAUACUUGCCAGGAGAAUUAAUAUGCGAACCCAAGUUAAGGAGAAGGGAAAGUUUGAAUGGAUUGACAGUGAUCCGCGUGAAGGGAUGUGUACUGCUGAUGAUAAAUGGCGUAAUAGUUUAGGCAAUGAAUGCAGAAAAAGAAAUGGGAUUUUCAGUUUUCGUAAGGAGACUAUGGAUUUAACUUGUUUGGAGCCGCGCUCUGGGGCGAAUAGUUUACGAGAAGGAAGAGAGCUGGCACAUGUUUCUGAAGCGAACUCUGAAGUUGAAAAUUCUGACUUGGAGUUGGAGUUAAGAGAACAGCAAUCGGAAGCUAGUGACAUUGAAGGAGAUACUAUUGGCAUUUAUGAUAUCGGUUUCAACACUCAAAUAGCUGCUGAAGCUAUUGAAGCACUUGCACACGGCCAUUAUUUCGGCUACAACUCUGCUGAUGGUUGUCAGGAUACGAAGAACACUGUUAAAGGUUCUUUAAGAGGUGUUAUGGAGGAAAAUGCUCAAUUGAAACAUCCUUUCAGUCAAAAGAGUGGCUGUUUAGAAAACAUUUUUGGAAACAUUAAGCGAAGAAAGCGUUCGGAUAGAUUGUUUGGCAGAAAAGGUUCAAAUUCAUCUAGAAAGCAGUCCAGACUUCCCGAGUUAGUUAAAAGGAAAAAGCUUGUUGCUGAGACUCGGUUAUGUAGUAUGAAUUCUGCUGAUUCUAUUGAAAAUUCAGGCAAAAGUCCUGCCAAGCCUAUUAAGCCAAGCAUGGCAGAAGAAUUUAUAGACAAGAGAAAUACUACGGUCUCCGGAAAUGAUAUGAUUUCAUCAACAAAACCUGAAAAUAUCCCACUUAUAAACAAACAGCACGAAGGGCAAUGUGUGAAAAUUUCCUCUGCUGCUUGCCGAACUAUGCUGCUUGGCUCUGAAGAUAGGUUAAAAAGGAUUGACAAUAGAUCUAGCAAUCCGGUUGAAAAGAUGGACGACAAUGGAGAACACGGUAUGCUUGUGUACAAAAGAAAGAGGAGUAGUUUGAAUGCUGAUCCAUUGAAAGUUCACAGUACCAAAGAAAAAGGGUCCAAAUUGUGUUAUUCAAGCGAGAGUGCUAAAAUAAGCAAAUUCACUAGUUUUUUAGAAGUCGAUACAUGGAACUAUCCCCGGCGUAAAAGAACAAGUCGCAACAUACAAAAACAUCCCAAUAUAACUUAUCCACCGAUUGCCCCAUUCUCUUCAAAUUAUCAGAAGAGGAUAGUAAGCAAUGCUGCUAUGAAGAGGGAACUAGGGGAUUCAACCAGCUCUAUUCUGGAAUGUGGAAGUGCUGCAGGAAGUACGAUUUCUUUGGGUUUGGCCUACGGGCAAACUGGCAAGCCUGAUGAUACAGAUUCUCCAUCACUGGCUGUUGAUGAAGGAAAAACCCGUACUUCAGUGGCAUCUACAAACAAGACUUUUGAGUUAUGUCGUUCAGAAUGUAGAACAAUUAGCUCCAAAAUAGGCAAAAAUGCAGUGUCAUCAAAUUAUAUGAUUAAUGAAUACCACAAAACGCCACAAGACAAAAAUGUGCCCAAAUCAUCUCUUUUGAAAGAGCUUAUUAAUCUAGGUGUCCCUGAUUAUGUUCCUGAAUUUGCAUCAAAAGAGUUGAGAAGGCGAAAAGAUAUGGCACAUGUCCGCAUCCUGUUUAGUCAGCAUUUGGACGAUGAUAUUGUCAAACAUCAGAAAAAGAUCGCAGCACGGCUGGGCAUUUCGAUUGCAUCAUGUUCCAUGGAUGCCACGCAUUUUAUAGCAGAUGAAUUUGCACGUACUAGAAAUAUGUUGGAAGCUAUUGCUCUAGGCAAACCAGUGGUAACACACUUGUGGCUGGAGAGUUGUGGACUAGCAAGCUGCUUCAUUGAUGAGAGAAACUACAUUCUGAGGGAUGCUAAAAAGGAAAAUAAAUUCGGCUUUAGCAUGCCUCUUUCAUUGUCUCGUGCAAGCCAGCACCCCCUCUUAAUGGGCUACAAAGUUUUCAUAACCCCAAACAUAAAACCCGACAAAGAAAUGAUUACAAACUUGGUUAAGACAGUUCAUGGCGAGCCAAUAGAGAAAGCUCACAUAUCUACUCUAAAAGAUAAAAAUAUCCCAGAAGAUCUAUUGAUUAUUUCUUGUAAAGAUGAUCAUUCAAUGUGUCUGCCUUUCCUUAAGAAAGGGGUAACAGUUUACAGUUCGGAACUUCUACUUAAUGGGAUAGUUACUCAGAAACUGCAAUACAAAAGGCAUCAGCUGUUUACCAAUGAUGUCAUAAGGAAUUGCUCCGAGAACAGAAAUGGCAAAAUGAAUAAUUUUGUUGUUUUGGUGAACAAAUGUACAUAGGUUUUGGCUCUCUGGAUGAUAGUUCUUUCUCUUUCCAAAUCACCAUGCUCUACACCUACAGAAAUUUCGGGGAAGUUCAUAUUUUUGAUGUACCAAGUGGCAGUGGUAGGUGUUGACCAAAGCAAAGAUGUUGGAAAUUUUUUGUAAAUUUGACCUUAAAAAAAUGUAUCUACUCUGCUCUCAACUAUGUUUGCCUCACACUACUUUUUACCUUUGGUGCUAGCUAAUAAGAAGACUUAGAAGAGGCCAUCAUUGACAAUAAAGGGUUCUCACUUGUUAAUUUCAAAAAAUGUCGAUAGAGAAUAAAUUAAUAAUAACUUUACAAGAUGAGAAGCCUCUCUCUUAACCAGUAGCCCUGCAAAUGAAGACCAGUCAACAAGAUGGUUCAUACUAUUAAGCAGACAUUACGAUUAUAGUUUUUUUUUUUUCAAGUCUUUACACACUUGACCAUCAAAAAUUGCCAAAAUCAAAGUAGUUUAAUCGACAUUUUUAAGUUAUUUUAACUGGCACAAAUUAUUACUGAAAAGUUAGUCUGACAACUUG